CCUCUGUGUGUAGACGAUCUGUCUACUGAACUCGUCUUGUCAAUGUUUCUUGCCCUCAAACAUUCAUCAGAAAAUGCAUAUAUGAAGACUCAGAGAGCCAUUCAGAAGACUUUCCCUGAUUGUGAACUCCCUACAUUUCACCAAAUGAAGUGCCUACUCACCAAUCUCAGCAGAGUCACAUCCAUAGUCAAAGAUAUGUGUAUCAACUCCUGCACUGCCUUCAUAGGUCCACUCUCUGCUCUCGACACCUGUCCAGAGUGCUCCAAGCCACGAUAUGACCAAGGCAAGCUGCAGUGGAGCAAUGGUAGGACCAAACACCCCCAUGCCAUCUUCCAUACAAUCCCUAUCACCCCACAACUCCAGGCCCUU